AUGGCUCUCUCUCAAGCAGCAUACAAAGCCGAACAGGCUCUUGGUCACGGAGACAACGCGAUUACUGCACAGGACGUAACCAACCCAGGCAAUGACCGCGAAAAGUAUGGCGAUCCAACCAAGAACAUGAAGGCUUUGGCCUGGAUGGGCAAGAACACCGUGAGCGUGAUCGACUGCCCAAAGCCAAAGGUCAUUGAGGAUCAAGAUGUCAUUCUGAAAAUCRCUGGAUCGACCGUAUGCGGAUCUGACUUGCAUCUUCUACACGGAAGUGUCAUCGAACUUGAGAAGGGCGAUAUCUUGGGCCACGAGUUUUGUGGUAUCGUCGAUGAAAUGGGCCCAGCUGUCAAAGGCUUGAACGUUGGUGACAGAGUAGUUGCAAGUUUCCAGAUCGCCUGCGGUGACUGUCGGUAUUGCCACAAGAAGCUGUCUUCGCAGUGUGAGAAGACCAACUCGAACACAAUCGAAAACGCCAUGUACGGYGGAAGAACGGCUGGCAUGUUCGGCUACUCCCACUUUACUGGAGGCUUUGCUGGUGGCCAAGCAGAAUACACCAGAGUGCCCUAUGGUAAUGUCAAUCUGCUCAAGAUUCCCGACGAUGUGCCCGAUGAGAAGGCUCUGUAUCUCUCAGACGUCAUCGCUACAAGCUGGAAUUGCGUCGUCGAUACUGGUGUAAAGGAGGGCGAUGUAGUGGCGGUGUGGGGAGCUGGACCUAUAGGUCAGAUGGCCGCUGAGUUUGCCUUUAUGAAUGGUGCAAGCAGAGUCAUCGUGAUUGACUGCMACUGGAGACUGGACUAUGUCAAGUCGAAAUACCCCAAGGUUGAGACAGUCGACUUUUCCGAGCUCAAGGGCACCAAGGCUGUUGUGACGAAGCUCAAGGAAAUGUGUGAUGGCGUUGGUCCAGACGUGGCUCUUGAGUGCGUGGCAGGAGAAUAUCCAAAGGGCUGGUUCCACGCUGUUCAGAUCGCCGCCGGUCUCGAGACCGAUACCAGCGAGAUUCUCAACGAGAUGAUCGAAUCGGUGAAGAAUUACGGCCGUGUCGGUAUCACUGGCGUCUACGUUGGAUACACCAACAACUUCAACAUCGGCUCCGUGAUGGAGCGAGGCAUUCGAUUCAUUGGCAAUGGCCAAGCUCCUGUUCACUUGUACUGGGAAGAACUGCUCAAGCGUAUCCAAUCGGGAGAGAUCGACCCAUUGAAGAUGGUGACCCAUCGCGUACGAAUGGAAGACUUGGACAAAGUCUACUACAAAUUCGACAAGAAGGAGGAUGGGAUGCAGAAAGUCUUUGUUCAGACCCAAUUUUCGGCACCCCCAUGUGAGGGCAGCCCACAAUUGACUGAAUACUGA